UGAACUGCUGCAUUAUAUGUCAUCACUUCCUGACACGUUCAUGUUAUCAUUUCGUCUUCAGAUGCAUGUGAAUGUUCCUUUAACAUAAUUAAUAAUGCGGUUUAUUUUAGUCGGGGCGAUUUUACUGUCAAUAGCAGCGGCUUAUUACAUGUAUCUCCCUCUGCCCAGCACUAUAUCAGAGCCAUGGAAGCUUAUGUUUAUUGAUGCAAUGACACGUCCAAUAAUGCAUUUGAGUUUUUUAGUUCAUAAUCUUGGAUUGAGUCACCCCUUCGAAUUUAUGAAGUACACUGUGUCAUGGACACAGAUGAAGGGUCCACAGUCCAGCCCAACCGUCCGAGUGACAGACACUUCCUUUUCUGGAGUGCAGGCAAGAGUGUUUGAGUCCACUCCAUCAGGACUGGAGCAACAUUUGAAGAGAGGGGUGGUCUAUUUCCAUGGAGGUGGAUGGGCACUUGGCAGUGCAAAGAUGCAGUCUUAUGACAUGCAGUGCAGAACUGUAGCUGAAGAGUUGGAUGCAGUCGUAAUAUCUGUUGAGUACAGGUUGGCACCAGAAGCACAUUUCCCAGAUCAGUACAAUGAUGCACUUCAGGCCUCAAAACGUAUCCUGACAGCAGAGGUGCUGGCUCUGUACUCGAUAGACCCAGAAAGAGUAGCUGUGUCAGGUGACAGUGCCGGGGGGAAUCUUGCCGCUGCUGUUGCUCAACAGAUAGCCUUGGACAGCAGUGCUCCUAUUAAGUACAAAGUUCAGGCCCUUAUCUACCCUGCGCUCCAGGCCUUGGACUUCAACACACCUUCCAACCAGCAGAAUGGCAACAUUCCUGUCCUAUACCGUUCACACAUGGCCCUCUAUUGGCUGGAGUACCUUGGUGGGAAUCCCAGACUUGUUUCCUCUUUGCUAGCUAACAACCACACAGCUCUGAAUCAGGGCCACAAGAUAGCCGCAGCUAAAGCUAAGAUAAACUGGACACAACUUCUUCCGGUCGCUUUUCAGAAGAACUACAAGCCCCUGUUUCCACUUCAGGGUGACCCAAAGCUGUUAGAUGAGCUGCCAGGUUUGCUGGACGUGAGAGCGGCCCCUUUACUAGCUGAAAAGGAAGCGCUGAAGGCAGUGCCGCCCACCUACAUCAUGACCUGUGAGCAUGACGUGCUGAGAGAUGAUGGACUCAUGUAUGGCAGACGUCUGGAGGAGGCCGGAGUUGCCGUCACUGUUGAUCACUAUGAAGACGGUUUCCAUGGAUGCAUGAGCUUUGCUUUUGGGCCCUUGCAAUUCUCCGUUGGAUUGCGAAGUUUUGAAAACUACAUUCGCUGGUUGAAGGAGAACCUCUAGCUUUUCGUCAACACAUAGUUACAAGACGUUUCCCAUUAUGUUAAAUACAUUUUGGAUUGAAACAUUUACUAAUGAUUUUUAAAUUGAACAUGCAUUGCAAAACAUCAAUGCAACAAAGUAUUUGUUGAAUCGAAUGGGCCUGCUGACAACAAAACAUUGUUUCAUUUCAUUAUCUCUGAAUUAUUAUUAUGGUGUUAGCGUGCUCGGAACCUGCUGUAUUGUCCAUUUGUAUGUGUUAUGUACACAUUUGAAUGUAGGGAAUUUAUUAUCAAGCUUAACUGAAUACUAUAAUGUCUACAUAAAUGAUGCUACGACAACCCCAAUUCUGAAAAGUUUGGACGGUAUGAAAAAUGCUAAUAAAAACAAAAAUAAGUAAUUUGGCAAUUAUAUUCACAUUUGCUAUAUUGAAAACACUACAACUAAACAUUAUAUGAGUUUUUAACUUGUGAAUUAUAUUGUUUUUUGAAAAUCUACAGUAAUUUCAAAUCAGAAGUUCGCAACAUGCUCCAAAAUUUGGGACUGUCAAGUGUUUACCACUGUGAAACAUCACCAUUUCUUCUAAUAACACUUGUUAAGCAUUUGGGCAUUGAAGACACAAGUUUAAGUUUAGAAAGUGGAAUUUUCCCCCUUUCAUACUUUAUGUAGGUCUUUAGCUGCACAAUUGUACGGGGUCUUCUUUGCCAUAUGGUGUGCUUCAUAAUGCACCAAACAUUCUCAAUUUGGAGACAGGUCAUGACUGCAAACAGGCCAAACUAGCACUCGCACUCUCUGCUUACACAGCCAUGCACUUGAAAUCCAGGCAUUAUGUGGUUUGAAGUUGUCCUGCUGAAAAUGUCUGGACAUCUCUGGAAAAGACGGUUCUGGUCUGCAGUAUAUGUUGCUCUAAAAAAAAAAAAAAAAUAUCUGUCUGCAUUUAUGGUGUUCUCACAGAUGUGUGAGUUACCCAUGCCAUGCGCACAGACACAACUCUGGCCCUGUGAAAAAAGGCUGUGUUUUUAAAAACAAUUUGAAAUGUGGACUCAUCGGACUAAAAAACACAGUUCCACUGUUCUAAUUUCCAUCUAAGAUGAGACCGAGCCCAGAGACAGUGUUGAUGUACGGCUUCUGCUUUGCAUAGUAAAUUCUUAACUUGCAUCUGUGGAUGUUGUGGCGAGUGGUGUUGACUAACAAAGGUUUACUUAAGUUAUCCAAAGCCUAUGUUCAUGAUAUCUAUUACAGAUUAAUGCUGUUUUUAAGACAGUGACAUCUGAGGGAUCAGAGAUCACAUGCAUUCAGAAGUGGUAUUCGUCUUGGCCUUUACGCACCGAUAUUUGACCUGAUUCCUUGAAUCUAAACUAUAUUGUGCACUGUAGAGGGUGAAAUGCCCAUAAUCCUUCCAAUUUGUUUUUGGGGAACAUUGUCCUCAAUGUGCUGGAUUAUUUGCUGAAGCAUCUUUUGGCAAAUUGACAAGUCUUGAACAAUCCUUGCUCUUGAAGGACUAGGCUGUUUUUGAAGGCUUUCUAUAUACGAUGACACGAUUGCCUCACCUGUUUAACAUCUCCUGUUUCACAUCGACAUAUUUUAACUCAUCAAAUUGUUAUUAGUCUUAAAUUGCCCUGUCUCAACUUUUUUGGAACGUGUUGCAAUCAUCUGAAUUAAAUUCACAGGGUUAAACAUCAUAUAACGUUUAGUUGUAGUGCUUUCAAUAUAGCAAAGGUUGAAUAUAAUAUACAAAUCACUCCUUUUUCUUUUUUAUUAGCAUUUUUCAUACUGUCCCAACUUUUUGUACGUAUAAGUUGAAUACUGAAACUAGUUGCAUAUGCAGAAAUACUUGAAUAAAAAAUUAUGUGUAUAAUCAAUGGAAGAUGGAGGGAGUGUUCAGGAAACUUUUGUUACACUAUGAUUUAAAUUCCGUUUGGUGCUGCUAGUGGCACAGAAUUUAUACAUUUCACUUUUUAAUUGACUAGAUGAUUAUUUUAUUGUUAUGGAAUAAUGAUACAAAUCAAAAUCACAAAUAAAUCUAACCUUUUCAGAAAAACAGAUAGUAGGCCUUUACUUUUCCAAGAAAAUAAGAUAUACCAUUUUGGUUUGACAAAGUUUUCAGGGACAUUCCUUAAAGGGAUAGUUCACCCAAAGUAAAAUUCUCUCAUUAUUUACUCACCCUUAUGCUAUCCCAGAUGUGUAGGACUUUCUUUCUUCUUCUGAACACAAUUGAAGAUUUUUAGAAGAAUAUUUCAGCUUUGUAGAUCCAUAUAAUGCAUGCGAGUGGGUGCCAAAAGUUUGACACUCCAAAAAUCACAUAAAGGCAAUAUAAAAGUAAUCCAUACAACUCCUGUAGCUAAAUCCAUAUUUUGUGAAGCAAUAUGAAAGAUGUGGGUGAGAAACAGAUCAAUAUUUAAGUAAUUUCUUUCAUAGAAAUUCUUCUCCCUGCCCAGUAGAGGGCGUAUAUGUCAGGAUCUCAUUUGUCAGUCAGUUUGGUGACAGGAUCCUGACAUGAAUGUUCUAUGUCUCUGUGUGAGCGCACGGCUCUGGUUAUUUUCCUGGCCGUGUGCUCUUCUGUCUAGUCUGUGUCUCAUGUUCAGAGCGUGGUGUCUGGAUCUUGACUCUUCGGUCUGGUUCGGUCUUGUUUCUGAGUCGGUAUCCAGACGUUCAUGCUCCAUGUCUUGUGUUUUUGUUUGAGCACAUGACUAUAGAUGUCUUCAUUGCCAUGUGCUCUAUUGUCUUGUAUUUGUGUUUGUUUGAGAACAUGACCAGUGUUGGCUUCAUUGCAAUGUGCUCUUUCUGUCCGAUCUGUUGUGUUUGAUGUGAGCACAUAGUUCUUGUUAAGUUGUUUGCCAUGUGUUCUCCUAUCUCUCAUCCUGACCCUUACCCCUUGUUACCUUAUUAUCAGUUCAUUUACUUCACCUGCUUUCCUGCUUUCCCUGCUCGGUUUCUUUCCUAUUUAACCCUAUUGUGUUUUUUUGUCUUGUGCCAGUUCGUUGUGGUUUAUUAUCCUGUUAGGUUCUCCUGUGGUUGUUCCUGUCCUCCCCUGUGUGUCUGUUCCAGCCUGGAGCAUUGAACCCAGUCUGUCCUGUAGUUUUCCCCUUUAGGGUUGUUUCUGUUUGUUUUGUUUAUUUUUUUCAUUAAAUGAAGCCUGUCAUCUCUCCUCUCUAUGAGUCCUCACCCUCUCUUCAACUGAACCUUGACGGCAUGCAUGAAGAAUGUGAAUCACCAAAAACACAAGAAGAAUGUGAACGAUAAAGUGGAGCAGGGAGGAGAAUUUAUAAUUAAAACCAAUUUAAAUAUUGAUCUGUUUCUCAACCACACCUUUCAAAUCACUUUGGGUGAACUAUUGGAUGGCACAAUUUCAUAAAAAAACUAAAAUAAAAAAAUAAAAAAAACUUUUUUCUCAAAAACAUGACACCAUGUUUACUUUUAACUUGUUUCUGUUAAAAUACAAUGCCGUUUGGAAAAUGUUCUUCUGUCUGGGAAUUGCAACUUCUUAAGCAGUUUCUUUGCUGUCAGCACUUUUGACAAAAGGGAAUUUCAUAAAAACUGAGCAGUAUGGCGAUUUAAAGAAACAACUGGAAGGGAGUAUUUGAGGGAAGCUAUCGGUCACUGUUAGCACAUGGGGAAAAGCCGGGGGUGCAGAUAAGCGUGAUGGAAUGCAGACUUACUGUUUGUCCACUUACCUGCGAGAUCUUUUGCUAUUAUAGCACCUUUGGGGUUUCUUCUCUCAUUCAGAGUGUGGGGAAAAUAAUCCAUUUCUAUUGAUGUUUUACAGACUGUAUCAUUUCUCUCAGGGUAACUUGUUUAUUUUUUUACUAGAUUGUGAUCAUGUUUAUUUUGAUACUGUGUUAAAGAAUUUGGCUACAUUUGGUUUGGAAACAUCUAGAUUUUGGGAAAUCUUGGCAAUGCAACAAACCACUGAUAUUGAGCCAUUUACAUGCACACCAGUAUGCCGAUAACUCCUGAAAAUCGGCUUAUUUAACAAAUACGACAAAUCAAGAAUUCCACGUUUACAUGAGAUUUGAAAUAAUCUGGGAAUUCUCUGUUUUUGUGAAGAGAGUGCGCGUGAGGAGGCAUGCACACUUGUGUACAUUGGAUAAGUCAAGAACGGGAGUAAAGGUAUAAGGUACACAUACAAUGUGAAAUUGGGGUUAUGGCCACAAAUCUUCAAUUGGUUUAUUCUAAAGACUUUUAUGAAUUUAUAUUGAAAAAGGAGAGCCAUUAAAUGUGUUUACAUGACCAAACGUGUUGUCGGUUUACUAUAUAAAGUACAAUAAGUGUAAGAGUGUUCAUGUAAACGUGAUUGAAAUAGACCACCAUGAGCAUGCUUACAUGCACACCAAUGCACUGAGUACUAUCAAAAAUCACUCAAUGAGAUAAAGUGAGCAAAUGGAGACUUUUGCUCUUCCAACUCCGACUGUUCUCCUGAGAAAAAGACUUCAUAUCUCCUAAAGUUUCAGAUGACAUUUCAUUGUCACACUGUGAUCAGAUUUGUCUAGACAAUCAAAGUCUUGGCAACUUAAAGUCAUUGUCACAGUCAUGGAAAACUUGGAAAUACAUUUACUAAUUUAAUCUGGAAAUUAGGUCUGGAAAAGUUAUGCAAAUGAACAAUGUUAAAAUGUCAUGGAAAUGUGGGUAGCACUUUAUAAUAAGGUUACAUUUGUUA